AUGGACUGUCAGGGGCAAACCAAGCCGAUCCCGGCCUACUAUUGCUGCUACUUACUCCGUUCGACCGUGCGGCACGCCUCCCUCUAUAUCGGCUCGACCCCAAACCCAACUAGACGGUUGCCGCAACACAAUGGGGACAUUAAAGGUGGAGCCAAGCGCACAUCCCGCGAUAAAUUGCGGCCUUGGGAGAUGGCCCUGGUAGUUGAGGGAUUUAUGAGUCGUCUGGGAGCUUUGCAAUUUGAAUGGGCAUGGCAACACCCCGACAAGUCACGCCACCUACUGAAAGAAGGCCAAGAUCUGAACGAAGAAAUUCAAAUGUCUUCCGCUUCACAUCAGGGAAAGACAAAGUCCCGUGCGUAUCGAUCGAGAAAAUCUUUGACAGCACACUUGGAAGACUUGCACUCGCUUCUCAGAUCUGUAUACUUUGCCUCAUGGCCAUUGCGCGUCCGCUUCUUUCGUGCAGAUGUGUAUCGUGUUUGGAGAAUCUGGAACGAAAGAGUAGAUAUACCGCUGCCAAACGAUAAGGUCAUUCUAGAUGGGGAUUGCCUUGGCCAAACGGAGAGCGAGGCUGCUGUUGGCUCUGUUCAUGGAUUGCCCGUGGACUACAGAAACCUGGAGAGUUACCUGGAGAAGUCCGCUUUCCUUCUCGAAGAUACAAGUGACCUCCAAUGUACACUAUGCAAAGCACCACUCCGGCCUGCGGGGGAACAGAUUGUGGUGUGCUCGCAAACAGAAUGCCGAGGGGCACAUCACCUCUUGUGUCUGUCCGAGGCAUUUCUCCAAAACGCACCGAGCUCUGAUAUCACUGUGCCUACAUUCGGAUGCUGCCCGGUCUGCAAAAACAUAGUGCAGUGGCCACUCAUGAUGCAAGAGCUGAGUCUUCGCAACCGAGGCGAGGCUGAAGUGCGCGUGAUCCUUCGCAAGAAGGAAAAGCGCGAGCGCAAGGAUAUUGCCGCAGGGCCAUCUAGUCACCUCAGUGCGACUCGAAACGAGAACGUGUCCAAGGAGCCUGAUCAACAAACGCCACCCGCAUCUGCCAAUUUCUCGGGCAUUGAUGACCAUCCUCUUUCCGAAGAUUGGUACGAAAGUGUCGAAUUAGAAUCUGACACAGACCAUGGAAUGCCUGGUAAACGACCUGCUCCGCCGCCCUCAAGGCUGGAGAUCGUCAUCGAAGACAGUGAUUGGGAAGAUGCUGAGAUCAUUGAAUGA